AUGUUUGUCCUCAGAAACGUUGGCAAACUCAUCUUUGGAUCCAGUAACCAAGAGUCCCUUAUUGAGCUCCCCCAAGGACAACUCUAUCUUGUUCGUCCGCUUUCACCCAAAGGCUACUCCGAGCUCAUCUUCAAAGACGCCGCCGCUCGUAUCCGACGAACCGCGCAGGAUUUCCAGUACCAGCUGGUGAUCCAGAGAGUAUACGAGGAAGGAGAGGCUGAACUUCUAGCCGAGGAAGAAGGAGAGGACGCCGAGAUUGACGCACUUGCCGCCGCUGAGAGAGACGAGAAGACAUUUCUGCUUGACGAGGCCCUCCACUUCCGAGUUGAGUUUCGCGAGGGUUCUGAGAAGGUUCUUGCUUGGCGGGAUCUGAGCGGUGACACCGGCGACGUUUACGAGUUUGUUUGCGAUAACGUCGUGUCUCCUGGUCAAGUCGCACAGUUCGAGCGUAUCGCAAAGGAGUGCCAGUACGAGCGCAAGUACCGCAAGCCGCAUACCACCGCUUCCGACGCGGACCUUGACCAGUUCGAAUUUCAAGACGAGCAGCCUAUUCCUCCCGCGAGUCCCAUCCACAGUCCGUCUCUGACCAGGUCGAUCGACUCGGCCGACGGUUUGUUUGUGCCCCAGACUCCACCCAAAGCCGCGAAUACAUCUGCAAAGAGAGAAGAGACGCCUGUCAAAACGCCCGUCAAAACGCCCGUCAUGCCCGAGAAGAAAAAGGAUAUGGGCCCGCCCAAGUCUGCCGAAGCCCCACCUGCUCUCAGCACGUAUGCCGCCGAGAGCGCCGAGCUGCACUUCUUCGACUUCCCUUCAGGCUCCUUCGUCCAGCAAGACGGCGCAGUCACUGCUACUGUCACUGAGGUUGGCAAGUGGCAGUACUGGCUGCAGAUUGAGAGCGAAGACCGGGCAUGGCUUGGCAUCCCUAUUGUGGCCGAUAUCAACCCAGUCUUCAACUUUGAAUUUCUCUCAUUCAUCUUCAAUCAAUUCUCACCUGACGGCUCAGCUUACUCAUGGCUUCUUCGUUUCAAAGACCAGCCGACUCUGGAGCGUUUCCAAGACGCUCUUCUUCGCGCCUUGUGGGAGCAGUUGAACGAGACAAAGUGGGAGAAGAUCAAGGAGAGGGAGCAAGAGUACAUUACGGAUGCCUUCAACGAUUUGACGAUGGAAGAUAGGCCUGAGGAAGAGGAAGAAGAAGAAGAAGAUGACGAGGACGAUGCUCAGCGAAGUGAGCAUUACGACAGCGACGAGGAGGAGGAUGAUGUUGCUACGAAGGAUGAGGAUGGCAACGUCAACUCACAGCUUGCUGUUGGUUAUAAGCAUGACCGCUCUUUCGUCGUCCGUGGAUCCAAGAUUGGUGUUUUCAAGCAUACCAACAGCAACAACCUUGAAUUCUCAACCAACAUCUCAAAGGUUGAGACUCCCAAGGGCACAUUGUUUAGCCCGAAGAAGGUCAUGCUUCAUAACGAGGACCGCAAUAUGAUCCUACAGAAUGAGGCAGACCCGAACAAACUCUACCGCAUGGAUCUUGAGUAUGGCAAGGUUGUGGACGAGUGGAACGUACAUGAGGACAUCCCUGUCCUCAACUUCGCUCCGGAGAACAAGUUUGCCCAGAUGACGCACGAGCCUACCUUCCUCGGUAUCUCGAAGAAUGCGCUCUACCGUGUCGAUCCUCGUUUGGCCGGCUCUAAGCUGGUUGACUCGCAGCUGAAGCAAUAUGUCUCGAAGAACGACUUCUCUGCCAUUUCAACGACGGAGAAGGGCUACAUUGCUGUCGCUUCCAACAAAGGUGAUGUUCGUCUAUUUGAUCGUUUGGGUAUCAACGCCAAGACUCACAUCCCCGCCCUUGGUGAGGCUAUCAUCGGUCUCGAUGUCUCUGCCGAUGGUCGCUGGGUCCUCGCCACCUGCCGGACAUAUAUCCUCCUCAUCGAUGCCAUGCAAAAAUCUGGCAAGAACGAAGGCAAGCUUGGUUUCGAAAAGUCGUUUGCGGCCAACGAUAAGCCUCAACCGCGCCGUCUGGCUCUCACCCCCGAGCACGUCGCUCAGUUUGCCCAUGAGACCGGCAAGCCCGUGUCGUUCACCCCGGCACGUUUCAACACUGGCACAGGCGCCGAGGAGACGAGCAUCAUCACGGCCACUGGACCGUACAUCGUCGAAUGGAACCUCAAGAAGGUGCUUCGCGGCGCCAAGGCUCCGUACCUCAUCAAGCGCUAUGCCGAGGAGGUCAAGGCCGACGACUUCAAGUACGGCUCUGACAAGAAUGUCAUUGUCGCCCUGCCUAACGAAGUUAACAUGAUCGGCAAACAGGGCCUUAAGAGGCCCACUCGUGAGAGUAUUGCCGGCCCCGGAUGGGCGAGACUCAGCAUGGGACGCAGAGAUUCAGGGCGUAUCGGCACGCCACAAAGCGGACGGUACAAGCUUGGCAAGGAGGACAUUGUCGCGUCGCCGUUCUAA